AUGAAUAGGGAUUCGCGACUCAAGCCCCCAAGUGGCGCUGGUCUGACAACUCCGGUCAAGUCAGUGGUGUACAGAGAAAUCUCUGCGCGGGUAAGGCACAAGAUCCUAGCAACAGAGAUCUUUAAGGCGCAGAAUGCCUCAAUACACAUUGCCUUGAUAACUGCAGGUGAAAUUUACCCGGGAUGCAGGUGUGCAACCAUUCGUUUCUCCUUGAUCAUCUACUCACACUCGUAUGCUGACGUCGGUGCAUGCCAUGUACUCGUACACGUGCUCCGUAAAUGCGAAUUCCGUAAGCGAUGGACCGGCAUGCGAGCGGUGUAGCUGUUUCGGUGGCCCUGUCAGGGCAUCCCAGGC